CCUGCUCUGUCCCCUGACCCCCGGCAGGGGGCAGAGUGGAAUGACAGAGGGUGUGUGGGGGCGGGGUAAGUGCUGUCACUGAGGGGGUGGCCGCUGUGGGUCCUGGGCCCUCACUCACAAUUGGAGGAAGGGAUUCAGGAAGUACUCACAGCUGCUCAGACAUCUCGGAGCCAAGUUCCAAGCAGGACCAACACUGCAGCAUCCAGGGAGGAGUGUCAUGGCCCCAGGGGGCGACCACCAGGAGAGGAGGCCACAGCACAGGUACAGCCAGGGCUGGCCCUCGGGGAGCACAGGGCACCAUCAGAAGGCCGGGGCUGGCCUGGCUCCCUCUAAGCAACAUCUUCUGCCCCUCCUCCCCACUGGGCUCCAUGUCCAGGGAGUCUUGUGUCCACAUCUGCUGGGAGGGCACUUCUUCUAGAAGCUGCAAUUGGAGCUGACCACAGCUCUUGGAAGCCAGGCCGGAGGCCUAGAGAAUAGAGAUCAUCUGAGACCCCAGCAGAAGGGCCCGUGGGGGUCCCGGCAGCCUCUGGCGGCACACCCCAAAGCCUCAGACCCAUAUCUUAGAAGACACGGGGGAGCAGCGGGCUGAGCACAAGACACCUCUGAUCACCAAGAGGCUCCUGUUUUGGAUGGGGAGCUGGGGCUCAGAGACCACACACGUUGCUCAGCGUGUCAGCUGCCAGUGCGGGCCAUGGAGUCGGCGGUGAUUGGGGUGGUGGCGGUACUGUUUGUGUUCACAGUGGCCAUCACCUGUAUCCUAUGCUGCUUCAGCUAUGACUCAAAGACCCAGGAUCCUCAGGGAGGCCCUGGCCACAGCUUCACGGUGGCCACAUUUCGCCAGGAGGCUUCUCUCUUCACAGGUCCCCAAGCCCAGUCAGUGCCUAGUACCCGGGACUUCUGGACUGUCAUAUGAGGCCUAACAGUCCCUCAGGAUUUGCUCUGCUGGUGGAUCAGACCCACUCGCAGACCUGCAUCCUGUCUUCCCCUCCUGAAUCCCACCAACUUCCCAUCUCCGUCCAUCUUGUCCUUCUGUGCCCUGUUGGGAGCAGGUGGGAGUCAACUCAGAGCCCUGAGGGCAGCUGGCCCUACCAUCUGGAUGGGGGCCAGAGGUGAUCUCAGGAGGCUUGAGCAGACUCCACAUGUGGCGGGCCAGCUCUGCUAUGUAUGAUGGCCGGGAAAUAUCUCAACAAGGUGCUGGUGAAACUAGUUCUAUUGCCAUCAGAGGAAGCAGCACCCCCAAGUGGACGUUUUUAGAAACCACUUCUCUUGUGUUCUGCUAAUGGAGUAUUUUGGCAUACUGAGGCCAGUUGCCUGAAAUCAGCUCUGACAUCCUGAAAUCAAAGAGCUGUUUCCUGGGAACAAGUGUUUUAUUUUAUAAUGAGAAUACAUCUCCUUUUACGGGUCUUUCCAAAUCUGAUUUGGGAAACCACAAAAGGAAACAGAAGAGAAAAUAAGAGUCACAGAAAGUACAAGAUGUUUUAUUAACAGGAAAGCCAGAAAGACGUCUUUCAAACACAUUCUGAACCAGACUUACUUUAUUGCUAUCUGCUAACGGGUCACUUCUAUUCUUAGAGAAUGUGAGUGACUUGCGUCACUUAGGAAUGGUAGGAAAAUCAUGAACUGAAAGAUAAUUCCAAAAAAGUUAAAAUGUUAUGUUACCUUCAGAGCAUGUAACAAAGCUCUUGUUUUCAUCACAAAUGGAUAUUCAGUUUUUGUUAACAGAAAAUCUGUUCUCUCUGCCCACAGAAUAAAUGCUGUGCCACAGUUGAAAAGUCAGGUUUGAAAAGUGCAAAAUCCUGAGCCUCCUGGCUCAUAUAUCUGCAUCUAGCCCUGAAUGGGUGACUCCCAGGGCCUGCCUGUUGAGGGGAGCAGGACUGAGGCUGCAGGGGGCUCUGGCUCAUAAUAUGUCCAGACAGGCUGCCGUUGCCGUGUGGGUGCCAGCAGGAAAGGCUGAGAGGCUUGGAGCCGAGGAGGUGCCAGGUAGGGGUGAGGUGGAAGCUGCAGGCAGGGUCAGGCUGGUGGAGGGGAUGGGAUAGGGUGAGCCCAGGGAGGAGAGAGCUCAGUCCAGGGACAGGAGCUCCUGGGACCAAGUCCUAGUCCCUCUGGAUAUGACAGCCCUCAAGCAGGGCCUUCCUAGGUGUGUGUGGAAGGGAGCCGACUUCAGGGAGCUCUGGAAACGGAGUGAAGGAGAUUAUUGCAGUUUGUGUUCUCCGUGAGUGAACACUGAGACCGAGCCUGAGUGCAAGAUGUCUGCUAGGGAUGAACACCUGUCGGGGAAGGAGGCGGAAGCAGGAGAGGGUGGAGGAAAAACUCACACCCCCCAAGGGGGUUCCUAAUAUUCCCCCAUCUUUGCUGUCAGAGUGUCCUCUACCCCUGGGAAGUCCUUCCUUGAAAGGGGACCUGGGCAAAGCAGCUCCACAGGAAUGUGGCAGGAUCUUAUUCCCAGAGGCACCUGGACAGGUGAGAGGUGGGCGAGCACAUCCAGGUGCAACAGAAUAUCUGAGUACAGGAGCCGCCAGUGGAGAGAAAUGGCUGUUCAGGGUCUCAGGGGGAGAAGAGGGGGCCCUGUCCUCCCCUGCCCUCAAGCAGAGUCAGUUCUAUACCGGAAAGGCACCCAUUAGCUGGAGCAGGUUCCGCCAUCCAGGCUCAGGGCCCUGUUCCCGUGCUGUGUCCUCAAAACCCUCACCGGGUCAGGCCAGGGAGGGUCUCCACAUUAGAGU